UGUUUUUAUAUUGUAAAACUAUUAACACAACAUAAUUUUAAAGGACCUGUGAAUAUUGUCAUUUGUUGUUGGGCAACAGAAUCGCUCAAUGCAAGAUAAUAAAAGUUCAAUGUUUAUCAGGGACCGAAAAGCGACAGGGUUACUCUUACAAUUUUACUUGGAUCCAGGUCAAAGUAGCCUAUGCCCAAAAUCGAAAAAAUGACCAACGAAAAUCAGGUCAGAGUGAAAGAAGAGGUCGUUGAUGAAGACGAAGACAUGAUAGAUGACCCCAAUACUUUGGGGCCAGCUGCAUUGGGAUUACAAAGAGUAGGAACUCAGCCUCCACCAAAACCUUCACCCUCACAGCCUACUCAGGUAUUAAAUGCGCGAGGAAUGCCUGCUAGGAUAAGAAAAAAGAAUCGAUUGUUCUAUGAUGAUGAUAUUGUUAAUACACCACAUCAUAGAGUGCCUAGUGCCAAAAAACAAAAGUCCACACCAAGAAAACACACACCUAAAGUUAAGUCGGAAACUCCUAAAACUAGUCCAAAAAAGGCACAUACUGUGAUUACUCCUCCCAGACUCAAUUCUCCUGACAGAAAAAUUGGUCAAAAAAUAGGUUUACGUCUGAGGAAUCUGCUGAAGCUGCCCAAGGCCCACAAGUGGGUGUGUUACGAGUGGUUUUAUAGUAACAUCGAUAGGUGCUUGUUUUCUGGGGAAAAUGAUUUUCAAAUUUGCUUGAAAGAAUCAUUUCCAGAGCUAAAAACUAGAGACUUAACUAGGGCAGAAUGGACAAAAAUUCGUCGAAUGAUGGGCAAACCAAGAAGGUGUUCUCAGUCCUUCUUUAAUGAAGAACGUUUGGAAUUGGAAAAGAAACGUAAGAAGAUUAGAGCUCUGCAACAGCGCAAAGCAACAGAUCUUGCUAGUUUUAAAGAUCUGCCCCCUGAAAUUCCAAUGCAAUUGGUUAUUGGCAGUAAAGUAACAGCAAGGCUCCGUAAACCUUCAGAUGGGUUGUAUACAGGCAGUAUAGAUGCGGUGGAUACUUCAAAUAAUACCUACCGUAUAACUUUUGAGAGACAGGGUUUAGGAACACACUCAGUACCUGAUUAUGAAGUUCUCUCCAAUGAACCCCCAGAAACAAUUACAAUUGCCAGUUUCCAAAAAAAAUUCCGGCCAAGGAAUGGUUGGUCACCUUUUUCACCUUCACUUAAGAAUCAGACUCUAAAAUUAAAAAAAGAUCCACUCCUAUCAAGUUCAAUGAUUAAUAGUCCUGUUUUAUACAACUCAAUGAGCGAAGGCAAAAUUGGUGGGUUUCCAGCAGAACUAUUAGAAAAAAUGGUUUUGGUAACAAAAAUUCUUAAAGUAAAAAAGGGUAGAGUCAGGCAACUGAGAAAUAUGAACCUGGAAGCUGAAAAGUUGAACUCCUUUGAUGAGGAGAUUCCCGAAGAGUUUGAAAGCCGCUAUGCAAGCAUUCUUCUUGAUUUGGAAAAACUCAACUUUGAUUUGCAGGUGUACCUUAAUGAUAUGCAGAUUUACUGUCAAGAAAUCGCCCCAGAGCCAAGUGUGGCGGCCAUGCUUGCGCCCUCUCAUUUAAGAGAGAGAUGUCAGGAAGAAGCAAGGGAUAUUGUUAAUAAACACAACUCGGUCAUUGCUGCUGACAAAGGUCCAUGUCAAAAUGCAGAUGUGCUAGAUUUAAUCACUGACUUGACAGCUCUGAUGUUACAAGUGAAAACACUUGCAGACUCAGAUCAUAAUGCUUAUGAAUUGCAAGUAUUAGAAGGCACGAUGGAGCAAAUCAAAAGGAAAUUAAGCCCGUCCAACAAGCAGGUUUUUCAGAAUUGUGUGGAAGUGCAUAUGAAGCAUAUAGAAGUGGGCCUGACUCAAAUAAACCUUGAUAAAUUGGUGAUCGGUCCCAUUGGGAGCGUCUAAGAAAGUAGUAUAUUUUAGAGAUGUGAUUAAAAGUAUAGUAAGUGUAAAUAAGGGCAUUAUGAAAAUCUAGAAAAACAAUUAUGAUGCUAGUUAAUGUGGGCUAUGCCAUGCAAUGGCUUAAGUACUAAAAUUGUAAAAAAGUGUAUUUUCAAAAUUCUUACAUUAAUUGAUAAGCACAUUGUUAAAAUAAUUAAUAUGUCCAAACACUAAUUUUAUUAUAUGUACAUAGAAUUUAGAAAAUUUAAAUGAGGUUGACAUUCAAUGCUCACCAAAACUAACCAAAGUACAGUUGGAGUUGAAUAAGCAGUAAAUGUUGAAUCAAAUUUAUAAUAAUUUUUUUUAAUUAAAUAUAGAAAAACUAAUAGGGGCAUAGCAAAAUGGAACCCGCAAAAAAAAUAAUGCACAAACUGCUAAUAUAAAGUUGGUUGUGCUGAAAUGAGUUCCAGCAGGUGUUCUUUGGCGAGUUUUGAUAAAAACGUCUAUAGAUAUGAAAUUUGAAUGUAAUUAAUAUUAGAAUUAUUUUUCAAUAUGUUCAGUGCAAUAGAGUAGAUUAUAUUGUGUAACAGAUUAAGUCCCAUUUAUUAGAAACUUUUUACGCAUCCCAUUUUAUACAAAUAUAUUAAACACUUUUUGUUGAGAAUUGGUUUAUGUUCUGCAUAUUUGUCAUUUGUUUUGUAAUAAAAUUGUUCAGGGUA